CGCCCCCGCCGCCCCACGUGCGCGGUGGUCCCCCCGAGCGCAAGUUCCUGGCUUUCCCUAUUUUUCUUUUUUGGUAACCUCCCAGUCUUUCUUUCUCUCUAUCCCUACCUUUUGCGUCAGGGGGAAAAAAGUUGUGUCGAAAGUGUCCACCGAUUACCACCUUCCCACUGUCCUUCCUUUACCCCCGCCCCACUUUCUUCUUCUCCUCCUUUUUUUUUUUCCUCCCCCGAGCGCGGCGGCAACAUUGUUUAGUGUUUAUUUUCUUUUACGAUCAAUAGCUUUUUCUUGGUCCGGGCGGUUACUCAACGGCGGAACGGCGUGGACCUCAUGUAGAAAUGACAACAAUGGAAGGGGCCAGCGGGUCGAGUUUUGGAAUAGACACGAUUUUGUCCAGUGCCAGUUCUGGCAGUCCCGGCAUGAUGAAUGGAGAUUUCCGCCCGCUCGGCGAGGCGAGGACCGCGGAUUUUAGGAGUCAGGCUACCCCGUCUCCCUGUUCGGAGAUUGAUACCGUAGGAACGGCACCUUCUUCUCCUAUCUCGGUCACCAUGGAGGCCCCGGAGCCGCAUCUCGUAGCAGACGGGCCCCAGCAUCACCACCAUCUCCAUCACAGCCAACAGCCGCCGCCGCCGCCAGCCCCGGCCCCGACGCAAAGUUUGCAGCCUUCGCCCCAACAGCAACCGCCGCCGCCGCAGCAGCAACAACAGCCAGCAGCCCAGCAGCUGGGCUCGGCCGCCUCGGCCCCCAGGACUUCCACCUCUUCUUUUUUAAUUAAGGACAUCUUGGGCGACAGUAAACCUCUGGCGGCGUGUGCACCCUACAGCACUAGUGUCUCCUCUCCCCACCACACCCCGAAGCAGGAGAGCAAUGCAGCGCACGAGAGCUUUAGGCCAAAGCUCGAGCAGGAGGACAGCAAAACCAAACUCGACAAGCGAGAAGAUUCCCAGAGCGACAUCAAAUGCCACGGAACAAAGGAGGAAGGAGACCGAGAGAUUACAAGUAGCCGUGAGAGUCCCCCUGUGAGAGCCAAGAAGCCUCGAAAAGCCAGGACAGCUUUCUCUGACCACCAGCUUAAUCAAUUGGAGCGUAGCUUUGAGCGGCAGAAGUACCUGAGUGUUCAGGACCGCAUGGAUCUGGCAGCUGCACUCAACCUUACUGACACCCAAGUCAAGACUUGGUAUCAGAACCGAAGGACCAAAUGGAAGAGGCAGACUGCGGUGGGCCUGGAGCUGCUGGCAGAGGCAGGGAACUACUCAGCGCUGCAGAGGAUGUUUCCUUCACCUUAUUUCUAUCACCCAAGUCUGCUGGGCAGCAUGGACAGUACGACAGCCGCGGCAGCUGCAGCUGCCAUGUACAGCAGCAUGUACCGGACUCCUCCAGCACCCCAUCCCCAGCUGCAGCGGCCCCUGGUACCCCGAGUGCUCAUUCAUGGCCUGGGACCCGGGGGACAACCAGCCCUCAAUCCCUUGUCCAACCCCAUCCCAGGCACCCCACAUCCCCGGUGAAGAAGGAGGGAAGGCUCUACAAUCCCUCCCAAUCCCCGACCUGACCUGGACAGCUGCCCCACCUCUUCCCGCAUCAGACCUCCGUUGCAGCGGACACUGGGAGGCAGAGGAGUAAGAGAGGAAGAUACUCACCUAUGGGCCAGGGUCCCCAAAGAGGAGCCAGCUUUCUGCUCUCCAUCCCAACCCCCCAGAGGCAGGGCUGGAAAGCUCCCCCACAGCAGUGUGACUGGUGAAAACGCUGACCCCACACAAAGUGCAACCAGUAAGUGAAAACAUCAACAAAAACAAAACCUCAAGUUCUUUUUAAAAAAACGACUUUAGGGACAAGCAGGAGGGAGGGAGGGGGGAGGGCUAAAAAGGGAAGAAAGAAGGGCAUGGAGAGGAACUGUAGGGGCAGAGAGAAUUGUAGGUGGACAGACAGCCUCAAAUAUCCAGGCAGAGGGUGUUGCCAUGGACAUUCAUCUGCCCCAGAGAAAAGAGGAGGGUGACUGAGAAUUUUGCACUGAUUUCUCAUGACCUUUUUUCUUUUGGAAAAGUGGCAUGCUCCAUAAUAUGAAAAAAAAAUUGUACAUUUGAAAGACUGAGUGAUAAGUGAUAUAUCAUAUUUAUUAUAUGUUGUCCAAAAAAGAGUCACUUAUAUACGUUAGUAAAAACAUGAUUUUUCUUUUCAUGUCUUUUUGAUUCAGUAAAAUAAAUGCUUAGACAAAAAAUAUAGAUUUUUUUGUGAUUGAAAAUUACAAAAAUAAAGUUUAUCUUUUUUUAACAA